CAGUUUUCACUAUUGAGUAUUCAUUCAAAAGUAUCAAUCCAUUCCAGCAUAUCAGUGUGACAAGCUAUUGUUUUUGCACCGAGAGAGGGAAUAUCAUUCAGUGCAAAGAUGAUGUUCCUGAGAGGCCUUUUGAUAAUCUGCAUUUACUUGCAGGUUGAAUGCAAAAAUCUUAAUGUUCAUCCCAGGAUUGUGAAUGGCGAAGUUGUAGACCCACAGGACUACCCGUUUUUUGUGAGAGUCUACGUAAAAUUUGGUGGAAAAUAUUUUGCUUGCGGUGGAACAUUAGUAAACCCCCUUGUUGUUAUAACUGCAGCACAUUGUAUAAAGUCCAAUGAUAUUUAUUUGGUAAACUGGAAAGGAGAAAAGCAACCAGCACAGAGAGUUAUUGCACAUCCUGAAUACCAUGCGAGAACAGAUCCUGCAACAGGAGAAAAAGAUGCUCGUUUCUCGAAGAAUGACAUUGCUUUAAUCAUUAUUUCUGAACCGUGGAAAACUGAAACGGCCGUCGUACUCAAUGAAGACAAGGAUGUUCCCAGUGGGAUGCCAGUUAUAUCUAUUGGCUAUGGUAUAACUGAAUUAGGACAGGAUACAGAUCAACUUAAAAUGACUGAGACCAAGACUAUGAGCUAUAAUGAUUGCAAAUCCAUAGAGGUUUACUUGGACGAGGGCUUUUUUUGUACGCAUAAUGGAUAUUCUGGAACCUGUUCGGGUGACUCUGGUGGUCCCCUGUUCAUGAACAAAGGAGAUAACAUCGCAUUAGUUGGAAUAACAAGCUUUGGGCACUUUGAUCAUUCCACGAACACAUGUCUAGUUGAAGAAUUCCCAACUGCUUUCACCAACGUAGCUUACUAUUUCAGAUGGAUAAAAGAUACAUUGAAAGCUGCGCAAUAGUGGUGAAUACUACAGUGGCCGCGUAAUUAAUAUGUACCUUCACAAUAAAUGAACUGUUUCCGAACUACUUGCAUUUUUAGUCACGCCAUUUCCAGCAAGUGCGUCAUAUUUAAGCGUAUGGGAACUACAGCACAGCAACAAUGUCAUUGGUGGCGUUCUCUAAUCCACACCACUAGUGAAAAAACUGAACCAAGAGAUGAAGCGACUAGUCGCUGGCAGUAGGAGCUAGAUGUAUACACCUAAGUACACAUACUUCCAACCAUUAUUCGAAAAUGUGUGGCGACUGCGUGGGCAACGAGUGACAAAACGCAGCAACAAGAUAGUCAUUUUAUCUUUGUGCUACGUAAAUUUGAUCCUAUAUGAGCAAAAUACUUGAGUGGUACAAAAUGAAUGACCUUGUAGAAUACCAUUAUUCAAUGUUUAAAUAUGAUUAUUUACCUGCUUAUUAGCUUAUCAAUAU